AUGCUGCUCUUUUGCGUGCUACUCGUGGUGGCAAUUUCGGUCCGUGGUCAGCAGACCGCUUCAUCUCGUUUCCGUUACAGCAACGGGUAUUUUGUUCAAGGAGAACGUCAUCACUAUAUCCCAACGACGAGCCCGCGUCGAAUGGGACUUGUGGAAGGGAAGACCUGGCAGGACGUACACGCUGAUUUAGACGAGAAGCGGCGAGAUGGCGUCGAACUCAAGCUCGUUGUUUUCUUGCGUCAUGGAGAAGGCAUGCACAAUGUCGCAAUCGAGAAGUAUGGCAGCGACGCGUGGAAUACCUAUUAUUGCAAGCUACCAGAGUAUUUGGAUGCACCCUUGACAGCUAAGGGAGUCAAGCAAGCGGAAGAAUCAUCAAAAAGGCUCAAUGCCGAGAUUGACAAUGGUUUGCAACUCCAGCACGUGCUUCUUUCGCCGCUCGAGCGUGCGCUGCAAACAUUCACCAUCGUGUACCAGAACCAGACGACCAAGAUGAGCGUAAAACCAUUAGAAUUGCCUCGAGAGGUGCUGGGUGUCCACACUUGUGAUGAACGUCGUGCCAUCUCUGAGAAAAGGAUGCAAUACCCGGAGCUGGAUUUCAGUGGUUUUAGAUCCGAUGAAGAUCCAUGGUGGACUCCAGAUCACCGAGAAACGGAUGUCGAGAUUGAAGCCCGUGCAAUCAAGUUCCUGGGUCUCAUCUUUUCAAACACGUCGGCACAAAGUCUCGGUGUGGUUUCGCACAGUGUGUUUGGUGCUGCACUUCUGCGCGUGAUCGGGCAUCCUGAGUACAGCCUUGGGACGGCCGAAUUCUUACCACUUCUCAUUGAGAAAGUCACUACAAAGUAG